GAAAGAGUGCCGAAACGUCACAAACCGUGCCUGCCGAGGCCCCGAGUACGCAGUGUGCACACAUGACGCUUGUACACACGCACAAAUCGACCUCCACUAGUGCAAGCCUACAUAUUGUAUUUAGCAGGCGUGCGGGAAAAAUCUCUAGUCAAUGGAAAGCCACGCCAAUACAAUUGAUGAAAGAAGAACACUACACUUUUCCAAGAGGGAACAAAGUGGCUUUCUGGGCCCUGGGCAUCAUUUCCCCACGGCACCACCGGGAACACUCUCAAAUGUAUGCCCAAGACGAGCAGUGACAAGAAAGUGAAAGGCCUACGUUGUGCCAGUCCAAUCCGAGGCAACUAGGGCAACGAAUUCAGCUCCGUCUUGCACUCGCUCACCAGCAGGACGGCGUUCCAGAAAUCUCCCGCGUUCCCGUUGGACCCUGUCAGGUCUGGCCUGACUGGCCCCUCGUAGCCCAAAACUCCACGGACUAGAUAGAACCCUAGCAGAUACGGACUGACUGAAGAUUACAUUCGUUUCGUGUAGGAAGUGGUGCUAGUGCAGGAGGGAGUGGGAUCACUGGGCGAGGGAGCACCCACCACGACCACCGCCAGGACCACUUCCACUAGUUCUGCUAGUAGAACGCUGCUAGAUAGAGCACCCCACACCGUUUGCCAGGGUAGAUGUCAGUUUUGAAGUUUUGCCCUCAAAACAGUUUGGUGAUCCAUGUGAGUGAAUUUUCUCCCAAGUUCCAUGCCCGUGAGAAAAGGUGCUUCCAGGGUGGUGAGUCGUGUCUCCGGGACCAAGGCUAAGUCUCGGCUCCGGGACUCGUCUAAGGCCGCCAGACUCCGAAGAAAGGAGCCAUCCACCCCAUCAUCCAGCGGUGAAGAGCUUGAUCCCAAGAUGAUUACUACAACAACAACAACAACAACUAACAGUCUCAGUCAUGAGCCUGACUUAAGAGAUACCACGAUGACCUCGUUAGAAUUGGAGGUAGAACCUCCAUCUUUGGGUGAAAAUGCCACAGACGAUGAGAUGGAAAUUCGUUACGCGUUUGAGAAGUACACUGCGGAUGCGGUCAACCUCUUGAAAUCGAUUGACGUCGAUCUGAACCUCGAAUCAACUGACAAUGAAGUUCCAUCUAGCAUCAACGCAGCAAUCCACAGCUCGACCACGAGUUCACGGGAGGAUCCGGCUAGCCAUUGCACGGUGAUCACAAGUGUGUGCUCCAACCAAAACGUAUCCUACGUUCCUGUUCCUGGUUGCGAAGACGCUUUUGAUCCGUUCCUUUUCAUUAAAAACCUUCCCCCACUCUCGGCGGAGAUGCGCCUGAGAAACCCCGCCCUUCCACUCAAAACCCGGAGCAGCCCCAAUUUCACCUUGGUCCUGGACUUGGACGAGACCCUAGUACAUUGUUCUCUUCAAGAGUUAGAGGAUGCGAACCUAUCUUUUCCGGUGGACUUCCAAAACACAACCUACCACGUGUUUGUAAGGACGCGGCCGCACAUUCAGGAAUUCUUGGAGAGGAUGUCUAGUCUUUAUGAAGUAGCUCUUUUCACUGCCUCCAAGAAGGUCUACGCGGAUAAGCUUCUUAAUCUGCUUGAUCCCAAGAGGAAGUGGAUCAAGUACAGGUUAUUCAGAGAACACUGUAUUUGCGUUAAUGGCAACUACAUCAAGGAUCUUCACAUCCUUGGGCGCGAUCUAGCCAAAACCAUCAUCAUCGACAACUCCCCGCAAGCCUUUGGCUACCAACUGGAAAAUGGGAUCCCGAUUGAAAGUUGGUUCAUGGACCCUCAUGACAACGAGUUGAUGAAAUUGGUGCCUUUUUUGGAGAAUGUCGCAAAGAACGCUACAGACGUGAGGCCCUACAUUCGCGAUGAGUUCCGCCUACAGGACCAUAUUCCUAUGGAUUAAAUCACCGAAAGCCCUACUGUCGUUUCCGACUAAUCAUUAGUACAAAUUUGGGGACUGCAAGCGUACUUUGAGCGACAAUGAUGGUUACAACAGCAAAUUUGAAUUACGGGUGAAUCAGCAUAAUCUCCAUGGAACCUCUUCCAUGAACAACAACGAAUACAUGUGGAAGAAGUUGGUUCUCGAAAAAGGGGCCACGAAGGGGUGUCCAGCCCAUCCAAAGUGCUGCACAGCUUCAUUCGAAACCAUUGACUUUUCCAUGAGUUGAAUGUCACUUCGUUCAAUUUCACUCCUCUUUCCCGUUGAAGUCCGGACGUUCCGUCGGGUCUCAAUGUCUUGUUACAAAUCGCAACUGAUGGCUACAAAUGUUUAUCGUAACUUUUAA